AUGCCACAAGGACUGCUCUCAUAUCUUUAUAUGGACUCUCAUAGUAUAUUUGUCGGAACGAGUACUACUACAUGUAGUAUUUUUCAAACACUACUCCAUUUGUCGAGAACUACAAAGAGAAACAUGAACUGGAACAUAAUCCUCAUACUGGUUUUUCUACAUGCACGCGUUAACGACUGUUGGAAAUUACCUAAGCCCAUAGGAAGGCUUAUUGAUAAGUUAUUUGAGAAAUUUGGUGACAACAUCAUUGAUAGCAACGCGUGUCAUGAUAUGUGCACUCAGCACUUUCCACCGCACGAUUAUAUACAGUGCUACUUAUCAUGCUACGAGGAGCUUGAGAAAGAACGGAAAGAGGAAGAACGAAGAUUGAAAGAAGAAAAAGCUCGAAGAAAGUCUGAACAAAAGAAGAGGGAAAAAAAAGAAGGCGUCAUGGUGUUAAUUCGACGAACCUGAUGUACACAUUUGCUCACAUUAUUAAUUUGCUACUUAUAACAUUUGCUUCCAAAUAACAAAG